AUGGCGGAAUUUGCUUCAUUGAAGCGGGUGGAAGUGAUUCGUCUCGGUUUGUUGAUGGUGAUCAUGACUGCUGAUUGUUUGGCAGAGGAGAGAGCUUUGUACUUGGUUACCAUGGAAGAUGAACCUGCUGCAUUCCUUGGAGGUUCUAAUCUGUCUCACAAAGGUCAUAAACACAGUGAGGUUUCUAGAGCCCAUGCAAAGCGCUUGGUGAAUUCUCACGACAAACUUCUACAGAGCACACUGGAGACCGGAAGCUACACCAAGCUUCACAGCUUCAAACACAUUGUUAAUGGAUUUGCCGUUCAUACCACCCCUUCCCAGGCCUCAAAACUGAGAGAUGUUGAGGGCGUAAGGUUGGUGGAGAAAGAUAGAGGAGCCAAAUUGAUGACAACAUACACUCCUAAAUUCCUAGGCUUACGUGAGGGAGUUUGGGCACAAGAAGGAGGAGAAAGAAACGCCGGUGAAGGGAUUGUGAUUGGCUUUGUGGACACUGGCAUUAACCCAACACACCCUAGCUUUGCCUUUAACCCCUUCAAUCCUUUUACUUCCAACCUUUCUCGUUUCUCCGGCGCCUGUGAGGCCGGUCCUCAUUUCCCGGCGAGUUCUUGCAACGGAAAGAUAGUCUCCGCGAGAUUCUUCUCCGCGGGCGCUCAAGCGGCCACUACUCUCAACACUUCUGUGGAUUUUCUCUCACCCUACGAUGCAGUUGGACAUGGCAGUCAUGUGGCAUCAACCGCGGCUGGAAAUGCUGGAGUACCGGUGGUGGUGAAUGGCUUCUUUUAUGGACGAGCUAGUGGAAUGGCGCCACGUGCCCAAAUUGCUAUAUACAAGGCUGUCUACCCAACAGUGGCAACCUUAACAGACGUGAUUUCAGCAAUUGAUCAAGCAGUAUUAGAUGGAGUGGACAUCCUAACACUCUCUGUGGGACCCGAUGAACCUCCAGAAGACACAAUCACCUUCUUAAACUUGUUUGAUAUCGCACUGCUAUUUGCUCGGCGAGCUGGGGUUUUGGUGGUCCAAGCAGCGGGCAACAAAGGCCCAGGCCCAUCAACAGUAGUCUCAUUCAGCCCAUGGGCCGUAGGAGUAGCUGCCUCCGGUACUGAUAGAAGUUACCCCGGAUGUCUUCUUCUUGGGAAUGGCCGAAAAGUUGGAGGCCUGGGAUUAUCAGGACCAUCUUUGGGAAAUGGCUUGUUCUUGCAUAAGCUGGUAUUAGCCAGGGAUGCUGCGAGGACAAAUGGGUCGUUUCCUGAAACGCCAUCAUUAAUUGAAGAGUGUCAAUCUCCUCAAGCAUUGGACCCAAGAGUAGUACGAGGUAGCAUUGUAAUAUGUACCUUCUCUGAGGGCUUCUCAAAUGGAACAUCCUCUGUCACAGCCAUUAUCAGCACGGCAAAAGCACUAGGAUUUGCGGGCUUCGUCUUUGUUGCAAAUCCAAGCUAUGGUGAUUUCAUAGCAGAGCCUAUUCCCUUUGAUAUUCCAGGCCUUUUGAUCCCAAGUGUUGCUGAUGUUCAGGUUAUAUUGAACUAUUAUGAACGACAUACACAUAGGGGUGAGUCAAAAUUAGUAAGGAGAUUCAGGGCAAAAGCUGCAAUAGGAGAAGGAAGAGUUGCUUCUUUCAAGAGCCAAGCGCCAACGGUGAGCAGAUUCUCUUCAAGGGGACCUGAUUUCAUUGAUGCUAAAAGGAACCCAACUGAUGUUCUAAAGCCUGAUAUUCUUGCCCCGGGUCAACGAGUUUGGGCGGCUUGGAGCCCCAUUAGUGCCUCUGAUCCCAUACUAGAAGGACUCAGUUUUGCACUAGUCUCUGGUACAAGCAUGGCAACACCACAUAUAGCGGGAAUAGCGGCACUUAUAAAGCAGUACAAUCCUUCAUGGACGCCAUCCAUGAUUUCAUCCGCAAUUGACACCACGGCAACCAAGUAUGAUAACCACGGACAAGUUAUAAUGGCAGAAGGAUUUAGUAUCGGCAGUUUGUAUCCUUCCACCCCUUUCGAAUUAGGUUCUGGCCUUGUCACGCCGAGUUGUGCCAUAGAUCCCGGGCUGGUUUUCUCUUCAGGAUAUAAAGAUUACGUCGCCUUCUUGUGCUCAUUGCCCGGUAUGAAUCCUGCUACAAUCAAAAUUGCCAUUGGAGAAAGCUGCAAUUACUCGCUUACUCACCCAGCCAAUCUAAACCUUCCUUCAAUAACGAUAUCAGCAUUGAUAGGAUCUCUGUCGGUACAGCGAACUGUCAGGAACGUACGAAACGAGCCGGAGACGUACCUUUGUGCGGUGUUGCCUCCUAAUGGGACCACGGUGAGCUUGAAUCCUCCUUGGUUUACCAUAGCUCCACAAGGAACACAAGAAUUAGAUGUACAAUUAAAUGUGACCAAAGCAAUGAAUGACUUCAGCUUUGGUGAAAUCAUACUAACUGGAAGUUUAGGUCAUAUUGUAAAAAUACCCUUGUCAGUUUUUCCCAUAUCAGUACAGAAAAGAUGA